CAAUCACGACGUUAUUCGGCGUCCACUAUGCAUCAUCUUAACACUUCGUGUGUAAGGACGUGCAAACACUGUCGCCCGUACUGUAAAUACUGUACACGUAUCAUCCCGGAUCAACGCGAUUCUCCUCCCAAAUAACAUGGGUUAAGAGGAAGGUGUCUGGAUAAUUCAUUUAAACACUUCGCAAGGAUGGGGACUCGGACAUUCUGUUUUGGCAGGCGCAUCUUGACAAAGGCGCAAAGAGAAAUUGAAGAAGGACUUUAAUAUCAUCCUUCUAUCCUUUCGUUUCCUUUCCUUCUUUUCUUUUUUUCGGUUUUUGAGAGAUGAUCGCAGAGUUGGUGUGCAGCGCCGUGGCACUGGUCCUGUAUGUCAACACACUGGACGCUGAUUUCUGCUACGAUGACAGCCGUGCUAUCAAAACCAACCAAGACCUUCUCCCCGAAACGCCUUGGUUCAACGUCUUCUACGAUGACUUCUGGGGGACGCUCCUCACUCACAGCGGCAGCCACAAGUCCUACCGGCCGAUCUGCACCCUCUCCUUCCGUCUCAACUACGCCCUGGGUGGCUUGGACCCUUGGGGAUACCACCUGAUCAAUGUGGUUCUCCACUGUGCCACGACGGCUCUGUUCUCCAGCCUUUCAAAGCUGCUGCUGGGGUCGGGCUGGUGGAGCCUGCUGGCUGGGCUUCUCUUCGCAGCUCACCCCAUCCACACGGAGGCCGUGGCGGGCGUCGUGGGACGGGCUGACGUGGGCGCAGCACUCUUCUUCCUUUUGGCCCUGCUCUGUUACAUACGACACUGCUCUCUGAGGACCAGCGGUGCCCGCAGGGAGAGCUGGAUGUGGUUUUUGGGCUCGCUAACUUGCGCUGCCUGUAGCAUGCUGUGGAAAGAGCAGGGCGUGACGGUGCUGGCUGUGGCGGCCGUGUAUGACUUGUUUGUCUUCCAUAGGAUGAAGUUGCAGCAGGUUCCUACACUUUUUUUUAAGAAGAAAAAUCUGCACCUGCUCUUCAGCGUGUUUCUGCUCGGCUUCUGGGGAAUCGUCCUUCUCGCUUGCCGCCUCUACUGGAUGGGCAACAAACCGCCAAACUUCUCCAACUCGGACAACCCCGCAGCCGACUGUCCCUGUUUCCUAACUAGGAUGCUGACAUUCUUUUACCUCCCUGCCAUGAACGUCUGGCUCCUCCUUUGCCCUGAUAUGCUGAGUUUUGAUUGGUCAAUGGACGCUCUGCCACUUCUGAGGAGCCUUGCCGAUUGGAGAAACAUCCACAUUGUUGCCUUCUACGCCUCGCUUUCGGCACUGGUGUGGUUUGGACUUUGCAGUAGCGCCACCAAAGGCAAGGAGACCAAUGGCAAAGCCCAUCAUGUAGCAAACGGGAAGCCCACUAAUGGACACAGUUGUAGCUCUGAACAUGAAAACUCAACGUUUUACUCAAACUCAGUGCAGAUGAAUGGAAGCAAUGGCACUGCCAAACACUAUUCGUCGACAUUGCCCACCACUGAGAGUUUGGUUGUGUUCUCAUUGGGUCUGUUGGCUAUUCCCUUCCUCCCUGCCACCAACCUGUUUCUCUACGUGGGCUUCGUGGUGGCCGAACGUGUACUGUACAUCCCUAGUAUGGGCUUCUGCCUGUUGGUAGCAGUAGGGAUGAGAUGUUUAUAUGUCAAACUGAGAAGAAAACUCUCCAGAGAUUUGGUGCUGGGCUGCUGUGCAGCCUUGGUUCUUCUUUUUGGGAUUAAAACCGUAUUGAGGAACCGCGACUGGCGGAAUGAGGAGAUGCUGUACAAGUCUGGGAUAUCCGUGAACCCUGCUAAAGCCUGGGGUAACCUGGGAAACGUUCUCAAGAACCAGGGGAAGGUUGCGGAGGCUGAGCAGGCGUACAGGAACGCUCUGUACUACCGCAGAAAUAUGGCCGACAUGCUGUAUAAUCUGGGUCUCUUGUUACAGGAACACAACAGGUUCUCAGAGGCUCUCCAUUACUAUAAGCUGGCCAUUGGGAGCAGACCAACUCUGGCUUCCGCUUACUUGAACACAGGGAUUGUCCUGAUGAACCAGGGCCGCCUAGAGGAGGCGAAACGGACCUUCCUCACCUGCGCUGACAUCCCAGAUGAGAACCUGAAGGAUCCUCACGCACACAAGAGCUCCGUCACCAGCUGUCUUUACAACCUGGGAAAGCUUCUGCACGAGCAGGGUCACCAGGAGGAGGCCAUAUCUGUGUAUAAAGAAGCAACACAGAAGAUGCCCAGACAGUUUUCCCCACAGAGCCUUUACAAUAUGAUGGGAGAGGCCUACAUGAGACUCAACAAACUCACAGAGGCCGAGCAUUGGUAUAAGGAAUCCCUCCGAGCCAAACCGGACCAUAUACCUGCACACCUCACAUACGGCAAGCUGUUGGCCAUGACGGGUCGCAAAGCAGAAGCGGAGAAAUUCUUUCUCAAGGCGAUCGAGCUUGAUCCCAUGAAAGGAAACUGCUAUAUGCAUUAUGGUCAGUUUUUGCUGGAAGAGUCUCGGCUUUUGGAGGCUGCUGAGAUGGCGGAAAAGGCAGCACGUUUGGACAGUGAAGAAUUUGAUGUGGUUUUCAGUGCAGCUCAUAUGCUCAGGCAAGCCAGUCUCAAUGAUGGCGCUGAGAGGUUCUACAUACAGGCGGCCAACCUGAGACCCAAAUAUCCAGCAGCUCUCAUGAACCUCGGGGCCAUCCUCCAUCUCAACGGUAAACUUCAAGAAGCAGAGGCCAAUUACCUUCGAGCCUUACAGCUGAAGCCAGACGACACCAUCACACAGUCCAACCUGAGGAAGCUGUGGAACAUCAUGGAAAAACAGGGCUUGAGGACCUUGGCUCCUUGACUUUGCAUAGCUUUGACUAUUGAACACCUUCGCUGAAGUUUAAAGUGAGAUGUUCUCAGCGGUGAGGUAAUACGGAGUAAGGAAGCCCUCAAAACCUUGUUUACCUCACUGGAUUCUCAAUGUUAAUGGAGCACCCACGUCUGGUAUAAUAGAGAGCUUCUGUAAUGCUCUAGAACCGCCGAGCACAUCUGCUCUGCAUCCUCAACUGGAGUCUUGAACUUGAAGUGGCCCAUCGAUACAUACUUGAAGUGUCACGACAAAUGAGAUUUUUAUUAUCUGACACGCAAUAGUCUUGAAGGGCAAUAUUUGUCCCAAGGCUGUAUAAAAGUCCCAUGAGCAUGUACAGUACGUUAACAAGUUCUUUGAUCCUUAUGAUUUGAAUCAUUAAUAUUUAAUGAGUUCAUUGUGGCUCACGGACGAAACAUUAGCGUUGAAUUUUAUGAGCCGAUGCGUUUAAAUUGGUUAAAUAGUUAAAUAGACCACAGUUGUACGUUUUUUCCACCAACUGUACAAAACAAAGUUAAGUUUGCGCGUUCGAUAUCUGAAGUCAUGGUUCGAGAAGGAUUUAUAGCGGAAUGCAAAUUUUGAACUAAUGAAACCUACAGUAUUUUUAUAUAGUCCAUCAAUGUCACAUCUAUUCAGUCACGGUGCACCCACAUUUAAUAAAUGGCUACGAGGAUCAUGAAUUGACAUGAAAUCUGAAGGGACUUUUCGAAAGGCUACGUAGCCUGAAGGAAUUUUAAACGACUCGAUUUCUUUUUGCCUUAAAAAACUGUGAUGUUCACACUUAUGCAUUUGGUAGACGCUGACAUCCGAAGACACUUGCGGUGCAUUCAAGGUUUUUGUUCUCUGGGAAUCAAGCGCGUGACUUUGGCAUUGCUAGCGCUGUGCUCUACCAGUUGAGCUACGGGAAAACUCAUGUAGCAGAAACAAAAGGACUUUCUAUCUACAUUUUCUAUUAUUGCUGUACUAACAUAAAAGGUGAAGGAUUAAAAAAAGUUUGGAUUCUUCAAAACGUUUUCAGAGAUGGACCAUGUGUUUCUUCUACUUCUUAUGGCAAAGUCUCCAUCACUGCAUUAGUUAAGCGGACCCGGUAGAGUUCAAACAAAUCUUUGACUGAUAACUCCUAACCAAAUAUAAAUCCUUUCACUUUUUGCACUCAUCUAACAAUAUACAGCCAUAUUUUUAUAAGGGAUUGUUUAUGUGUAAUAUCGGUUUAAUAGUUUUAUGUUGGAGUGUAUAAAUGGAGUUUAAUAUAUAAAACGACACAUUACGCGGUAUGUUGUCGUUCACAUGUGAAAAUGGUGAGCCAGGAUCACAAAUUAAUUAUCAUUCUUACAAUUACGCUUUCAUUGUCUGUUCUCGUCCCUGAUUUUCAGUGUUGUGUGCGUAUUGAUGUAAAAAACAUUGGAAAAUCUCUUUAUCUGUUGGUCUCACCGGUUUCUAUGAGAAAGAAUUGAGAUUGUUAUAUGAAGUGUGUUUUAUGUGAUGUCAGUUUUCCAUCAUGUUAAAGGUCUAGCGAGUGAAGUUUUAGACAGCCGAAUCAGUAUUAACUUAUUUCCUUUGUGUUGUCAUAAUGAAUGAAAAACAGCUGGCACUGUUGUGUGUCAAAAGUAUGCAAAAGAUUUGCAAAUCAAGAGUCCCUUAUUAGAAAAAAAAACGUUUAUUGAACAAUCCAGACCUGUGUAAAGAGACAUUUUAAAGGGUGUGUAAAACAGUGGGAACUUUUGGAAUAAACCCAGAAUUUGUAAUGCAUUUGUCUUAACUGUGUCUCAGAAGAAUCUGCCUCCUCAUUUCUCUCCUGUUGGUUUUUCUCCUACAGUUCUGACUGAAAUCCAAACAAUAGUCAUUAUUAUUUCAAUAUUCUGAUCUUUCUAACAUUAGUAUAAAGCUCAGUAAAGAACAUGUAGGAUUAAAAGGAUAGUUCACCCAAAAAUGAAAAUCCUGUCAUCAUUUACUGACCCUCAUGUUGUUCUAACCUUGUCCAAAUGUCUUUGUUCUGCUGAACACAAAGGAAGAUGUUUGUAAGAAUGCUUGUAACAAAACAGAUCUCAUUCGCUAUUUACUGCCAUAGUAGGGAAAAUAAAUACUAUGGGAGUCAAUGGGGGAUGAGAUCUGUUUGGUUACUUACAUUCUUCCAAAUAUCUUCCUUUGUGUUCAGCAGAACAAAGAUAUGUAUACAGAUUUGGAACAAUAUGAGGGUGAGUAUUUUAUUUAGAAUCUCCAUUUUUUUGGUGAACUAUCCCUUUAACAGUAAAGACAUCUAAAAAAAGACAAAAACUGUAUGAAUUGCUCUUUUCUGUGGAACAAGAAAACCCUCACAAAAGAAAAGAAACUAAGUGUUUCUAUGCAAGGAAACAUACAUUUUGGAAUAUAGUAAUAUAGAACUUUUAUGGUGCUGAUAUUUAUUUUUGUCGUCUUAAGGGCUUUUAAGCCCCGAGUCACAGUAUGCUUUCAUUGUAUAAAAUAAAACCUCAGAUAUUAUUUGAAAAUGAUCAAAAUUAUAACUGAUAACUUUAAGUUUAGAGAAGAAUGAGUAACUUUUUUUCUUUGAACUGUUCCUUUAAAUUAAUAUUGUAUUUGAAGUACUGAUGUAAUAACACUUAUAAACUUCCUUGCCUUUAGCAUUCCCUAUAGUAAGAACAUUAGAAGUGUACAUCACUUGUACAUUUGUUCAGUCUUAAAUGUCAUCAUGUUUUAUUUAGUUCUCUAUAGUGUAAAUGAUGUAAGUGUCACCUACACAGUGGAGAAUACACAGCUGAGACCCCCGCAGCUGUAAGAGUGAGUGUGUCUUUCCUCAGGGAUUUUCAGAGGUGGUGAGAGAGAAUUGACUUUAUAAAAAGACGUGUUUUAUUUUUUGGAACGGUGUGGCAUUUGUAUAAGAUGAUUUGUAGCUUUUCUUUCAUCUGUUUUUGUAUUGAGACUAAAGUAUGUGCCAGAUAAAACUUUUCCCGAUGUCACAUUUUUUCUAUAAUAAAGUUUCGC